AUGUAUAAAAUGGAAUAUUCUUACCUUAACUCCUCUGCCUACGAGUCCUGUAUGGCCGGGAUGGACACGUCGACGCUGGCUUCAGCCUACGCCGACUUCAGUUCCUGCAGCCAGGCGAGUGGUUUCCAGUAUAACCCCAUCAGGACCACAUUCGGGACCUCAUCCGCCUGUCCGUCCCUCACCCCCGGUUCCUGCAGCCUGGGCAGCCUGCGCGACCACCAGAGCAGCCCCUACGCGGCAGUCCCGUACAAGCUCUUCACCGACCACGGCGGCCUGAACGAGAAGCGCAAGCAGCGGCGGAUCCGCACCACCUUCACCAGUGCGCAGCUGAAGGAGCUGGAGCGCGUCUUCGCCGAGACCCACUACCCGGACAUCUACACCCGCGAGGAGCUCGCCCUGAAAAUCGACCUCACCGAGGCCCGGGUCCAGGUCUGGUUCCAGAACCGCCGGGCCAAGUUCCGCAAGCAGGAGCGGGCGGCGGCGGCGGCGGCGGCGGCGGCCAAGAGCGGCUCCUCGGUCAAGAAGUCGGACUCGGCCCGGGACGACGAGGGCAAGGACGCCAAGAGCACCGACCCCGACAGCACGGGCGGCCCCGGGCCCGGGCCCAACCCCAACCCCGGCGGCUGCGGGGGCGGCGGGGGCGGCGGCGGAGGGGGCGGAGGGGGCGGCGGAGGGACCGGGGCGGGCGGCGGUCCCAGCCCCGCGGGCGGCCCGGGGGCGGCGGGGCCCGGGGGCGGUCCGGGCCCGGAGCCGGGCAAGGGCGCGGGGGCAGCGGCGGCGGCGGCGGCGGCAGCGGCGGCGGCGGCGGCAGCGGCGGCGGCGGCGGCGGCGGGCGGGCUGGCGGGGGCGGGGGCGGGCGGCCCCGGGCAGGGCUGGGCCCCGGGCCCCGGGCCCAUCACCUCCAUCCCCGAUUCGCUCGGGGGCCCGUUCGCCAGCGUCCUGUCGUCGCUGCAGAGACCCGGCGGUGCCAAGGCUGCGCUCGUUAAGGGCACCAUGUUCUGA